AUGGAGAUGUUUGCCACCCUCACAGUGGGAUUCUCCUUCUUUAAGGAGCAGUACACCUCUCGGGUGUUGCUUUUCCCCGGGAAAAGGGUGCAGGCUGCUCUCAAGGAGGAUGCAAAGCAGCGUCGUAGUCCCGUUCUCUCAGACCUGAACUGUGUUUGGGAGUUCAGCCCCGUGCCGGGGCGAGAGCGCCAGGUGGAGGUGCGAUUUCUCGUCAGCUUCGCCUUUAAAAACCCACUGCACUCCAGGCUUAUCAUGUCACACGUGGUGACGCUCAUGACGAGAAGUUUUGAGAAACACUGCGAAAAACUAUAUGGCCCGCCGAGCUGCCAACGCGAGCGCCUCGUCACGCGGUAG